AUGGAAACCUCAGGUGCAGCACCACCGAUUAAGAAGAUAGCCCGAAAUGCAGCAGCAGCAGCACCAAAACAGAAGCAAGAGCCGACCACCGGAACCAACGCAGCCCUCGGUUCGGAUAAGGGAACCCAACAUCCGCUGCUAAAGGAGAACGAUCGAUGGCAAUCUGGACAAACCGGACUGGACGGUUUCCGUUGGACCGUUGUGCAAGCCAAGCUAGAUGACCUGCUGGAGAUGCGCUGGACCAGACUAGAUGCCGUCAUAUCACGAAGUGUUUACUCCACGAAGCUCCCUAUGACGGACGACCUGACCGGAGAACCCAUGAUGAGCCGAAGUGACGAGAAUGCCUCAGCGUUGGUGAAACGCCUGGAGCCUACUACAAAUCCAACCCCUGGCCGCCUAAUACGCCGUCGCGUGGACUGUUCUUCCGGGUCGAUGUCGAUUCAUUUGAAUUAUGAAAUGCACAUCAUUUGA